AUGAACAGGAUACUGAAGAAGCUGGAGAUCGAGCAUGAAGGAGGUACGCUGCCAGACCCCUGGAUCAACUUCGACAUCAAGCCCAUCGAGGCUGGACGGAGGACAUGGUCGGCAUGGACAUUCACCACCUACUGGGUUCUCAUAAACUCCAACAUUUCUUCGUACAUGACUGGCAGCUCCCUGAUAGCACUGGGACUACAUUGGUGGCAGGCCAUCAUCGCCAUCGUCAUCGGUAAUCUGCUGGCGACUCUCUUCGUCGUGCUCAACUCCCUACCAGGAGCCUACUACCAUCUUGGCUUCCCGGUGGUCAACAGAUAUGUCUGGGGGAUGUACGGUAGCCAGUUUGUCAUCUGGAAUCGUAUCUUCUUGUCUAUCGGUAUGUUCCCUUACCUUUUUAUUAUUACUUUUUUUAUUUUUUACUUAGUAAAUAGACUUGCUAACAGUGUUCCAGUAUGGUACGGCUUCCAGUCAUACAUUGGAGGACAGUGCGUCUACGUCUGUCUCAAGGCGAUAUGGCCCUCCCUCGAGCAGCGUAUACCAAACCACCUCUCCCCUUCAACAGGGAUAACUACCGCCCAGUUCGUCAGCUACAUCGUCUUCAUGAUCAUCUCCCUUCCGGUUGCAUACAUACGCCCGCACAACCUGCGCAUGUUCUUCUACAUCUCCGCCUCUGUCGUUGUCGUUUUCGAAUUCGUCCUUCUCAUCUGGGCGUUAGCCACCAUGGGCCCUGCAGGGUUUGGCUCCACAAUCUCAGGCGGAGGGCCAGGGGAGCCAGUCAAGGAUGCUGGCUGGCUCGUUGUGUUUGGUAUCAUCAGUACAAUUGGCGCCAUAUCCGCCGGAAUCCUUAACCAAAAUGACUAUGCUAGGUUUGCAAGGAAGCCCAGAGACGCUAUUCUCGGACAGGUCAUCAGCUUCCCAAUCUCCAGCAUCAUUUGCUCUGUCAUCGGCGUGCUCGUCACUGCCGCCACGCAGAAGAGAUUUGGUGAAGCACACUGGGACCUGCCGUCUCUCAUUGGAGCUAUCAUCGACCACGGAGGAUCCAGAUCGAGAGCUGCUGCCUUCUUCGCCGGUGGUGCUCUCGUCAUUUCUCAGAUCGGCGUCAACAUCCCUGGAAACGCUCUUUCGGGAGGCUUUGACCUCGCGGCCACAUUCCCCAAAUACAUCAACAUCCGGCGUGGCGCAUACAUUACUAUCGCCCUCUCCAUAGCCUGUAACCCGUGGAAACUCGUCUCCACGGCCACUAUAUUCCUCAGCGUCCUGAGCAGUUACGCUGUUUUCCUGGGCCCGAUGACCGGCCUCAUAUUCUCAGCCUGGUUCAUCGUUCACAGACGGAAGCUCAAAGUCGAGGAUCUCUACACCGGCAACCGCACCAGCAUCUACUGGUUUAGCCACGGCUUCAACUGGCGUGCUUUCAUUGCAUGGAUAUGCGGAACCGUUCCAUCCCUGCCGGGCUUUAUUGCAACGGUCAACACGGAUGUCCAUGUCCCCGUUGGCUUCACCCGUAUCUACCAGCUCUGUUUCCUGGUCGGCUUCCUAAUCAGUGCAUUCGUAUAUAGCGGGUUGCAUCUGCUUGUUCCCGACAGGAAGCUGCAGGAGUAUGUUUCGACUGCUGCCUCGCCUGCGGUCCUGAUACAGGAUUAUCGAGACAGCAUCGACAGAGGGCAGGGCCUUGUCGAAAACAAGAUUUUGUCAGAUGCAUAG